AUGGCAUUCCAAGAAGACAACGCCCACAUCUAUGGGAUGCAAAACAAGGUGCAUGCUUUACCCAACUCGCGUUGGGAAGCGUUCCCUCCUCCAUACGGCCCACCUGACCCAGCUGUACCCUCUGUCACUUUCGGCCUACCUAGUUUGGGACCCACAAUCCCACCUGGAAUGGAAUAUCUCACACAAAUCGAUCAGCUACUCAUUCAGCAAAUAGUCAACUUAACUGAAGUGUUCUGCGGCUGGGAGAUUAGGAACAGGGAGACCAACGCAUACUGUUUCCCCUGGUUCCUGCAGGAAGUGGAAAUCCAAAGUCCACCAGGGGUCCCCAUAGGCUAUAUGGUCCAGAACUGGCACUGGUUCUUGCCAAAGUUCACGCUCUUGGAUGCCAGUCGCAGGGCUGUGCUCAAGAUCGAGGGCUCGUUCUGCAGGAUAAAGUGUUGCGCAGAUGUGGUUUUUGAUGUUUUGUCGCUGGAUGAGGACAGAGUCGUGGGGCAGAUAUCCAAGCAGUGGGCAGGAUUCUUGCAGGAGGGGUUCACGGAUGCUAAUAAUUUUGGCGUCACGUUUCCGAUGGACUUGGAAGUGAGAGUGAAGGCGCUGCUGCUCGUACAUAGGUCACUGUUUACCACAAGAGGUUCAAAUGUAAACAACAACAACAGCAAGAAGAUUGGACAAGAGAAAACCCUAAGGCGGUCCGUCAUGGCAUUCCAAAAAGUCGGCACCCACAUCUAUGGGAUGCAAAACAAGGUGCAUCCUUUACCCAACUCUGGGUUCCCUCCGCCGCCUGCACCUCCUCCUCCAUACGGUCUGUCCAACCCAGCCGCAACUUCUGCCACUUUCGACUCAGCAGGUUUGAUCCUGUCUGGAAUGGAAUAUCUCACACAAAUCGAUCAGCUACUUGUUGAGCAAUUAGUGGACUUAAUGGAGGUGAUUGGUGGCUGGGAAAAGAGGAACAGGUAUGUGAUUAAAAACAGCGUGGGGCAGCAGGUUUUUACCGCAGAAGAAGACGACAUAGACUGCUGCACCAUGCAAUGCUGCGGACCGCUUCGCCUGUUCAACAUACGCAUCCUUGACAACUUUAACAGCGAGAUUCUAGCCGUUACUCGCAAGACCAACGCAUGCUGUUUCCCCUGGUGCCUGCAGGAAGUGGAAAUCCAAAGUCCACCAGGUUUCCCCAUAGGCUACAUGGUCCAAAACUGGCACUGGUUCUGGCCAAAGUUCACGCUCUUGGAUGCCAGUCGUAGGGCUGUGUUGAAGAUCAAGGGCCCGUUCUGCAGGAUAAAGUGUUGCACAGAUGUGGUUUUUGAUGUUUUGUCGCUGGAUGAGGGCAGAGUCGUGGGGCAGAUAUCCAAACAGUGGGCCGGAUUCUUGCAGGAGGGGUUCACGGACGCUUCUCAUUUUAGUGUCAUGUUUCCGAUGGACUUGGAAGUGAAAGUGAAGGCGCUGCUGCUCGGAGCGGUUUUCCUCAUCGAUUUCAUGUAUUUUCAGAAGUCAAAAUAA